AUGGACAUGCCUUGUCUGAAAGCUAUGUCUCUAGUCAUACUGAUCCUACAACUGGCCCUAUUCAUCUUAGUGCUGCCAAUUAUUCUCCUGAACUUCAUAGGAAUAUGGGAUAGGAUCGUGAAGAAAAUAUUUCCUUUUUUUAUGGUCCAUUUCACAGAAACAUAUAACAAAUCUAUGGACAGUAUUAAAAGGGAUCUCUUCAGCAACCUUUCUGACUUUGAAAAUGCUUUUAAGGAGAUCAAUCUGCUAGAAAUCGGCUGCGGCACAGGGGCCAACUUCAAAUUCUACCCAAAUGGCUGCAAAAUAACCUGCCUCGACCUGAAUCCAAAUUUCCAAUCAUUUUUGAGUAAAAGCCAAGCAGAAAGUGACCAUCUGAAGUUUGAAGAUUUUGUGGUGGCUUCUGCAGACAACAUGACCCCAGUGCCUGAUGCCUCUAUGGAUGUGGUGGUCUGCACCCUGUUAGUGUGUUCAGUACCAAACACACCAAAUAUCCUGGAUGAGGUGUGGAGGGUACUCAAGCCUGUAAGUUUUAAAUUCUUUGUUCCUAUUUAUUUAUCUGUUUUUAUCAAUCAGAUUUACAAAGGGGAUCUUAGUAGACACAUCAUGGUAGCACAAUAUGAUUAUAUAUGUUCCAAAAAUAUUACAAUUGUGGCAAAGCAAGGGGUGUACAGAAAGGAAAAAAGGGGAAGGGGAAACAGGCUAAACAACAAAUACAGUGCCUCUGGUAUAUCCAUAAUAUCUAAAAAUAUAAAUGCUUGGUAUAGGUGA